CUUGAUAGCGCCAGUGCUUAAUAAGCGCCAGGUCGAAGCCCAACCGAGCACCGAACGCCGAUAUAAAUUGCGCUCCGCACCCCUUGAAUUUGCAGCUCAAUUGCAUCCUUCUCACAUACACUUUUUUGUUCUUGACCCCAGCAGAAGCACCCUUAUAGAACAAACAUACAAUGUCCCCGCUUGUUGAAUUCAAGAACCAGGCGUCCAUCGUCGUGUUCGGCGCCUCCGGCGAUCUCGCCAAGAAGAAGACCUACCCAGCUCUUUUCGGAUUAUUUUGCCAUGGCGAAUUACCUGCCACCGUCAAGAUCAUCGGGUUUGCGCGCUCCAAGAUGACCGAGGAGGAGUACAAGAAGCGAAUCUCCGAGCACUUCAAGAUCAGUGAGAACGACACACAAGGCCAGGAGUUCAAGACCAAGUUCUUGGAGCUUUGCUCGUACAUUUCCGCACCAUACGACUCCGACGAGGGAUACGUUGAGUUGGAAAAGCAGAUCGACGAUUUUGACGCGCACCACAGCCACGACAAGACCCAGAGAUUGUUCUACCUCGCGCUUCCACCGUCUGCGUUCAUCACCGUCGCGAAGCAGUUGAAGAAGAACGUGCACCCGCGCGAAAAGGGCCACGCCAAGCUCAUUGUCGAAAAGCCGUUUGGCCAUGAUUUGAAGUCUGCGCGCGAGUUGCAGGCUUCGUUGGCCCCAUUGUGGUCGGAGGACGAGUUGUACCGUAUCGACCACUAUCUCGGCAAGGAGAUGGUCAAGAACUUGCUCGUGAUGCGUUUUGGGAACGAGAUUCUCGGCGCGGCCUGGAACAAGAACCACAUCAGAUCCAUCCAGAUCACCUUCAAGGAGCCGUUCGGCACUGAGGGCAGAGGUGGCUACUUCGACGACAUCGGCAUGAUCAGAGACGUUAUCCAGAACCAUUUGUUGCAGGUAUUGACGUUGUUGACGAUGGAAAGACCGGUUUCUAACGACCCAGAGGCCGUGCGUGACGAAAAGGUCAAGGUCUUGAAGGCCUUCGACACUGAUAUCUCGCUCGACGACGAUGUCUUGUUGGGCCAGUACACCAGGUCUGCCGACGGCACCAAGCCAGCGUACUUGGAUGACGAAACCGUCAAGGCGGGCUCCAAGUGCGUGACCUACGCUGCCAUUGGGAUGCAGAUCCACAACGAGAGAUGGGAGGGGGUUCCAAUCGUCUUGAGAGCUGGUAAGGCCUUGGACGAGGGGAAGGUUGAAAUCCGCAUCCAGUUCAAGCAGGUUGCUAAGGGCUUAUUCACCGAUGUCAACCGCAACGAGCUUGUGAUGCGCAUCCAGCCAAACGAGGCGGUCUACAUGAAGUUGAACAACAAGACUCCGGGUUUGUCGUUGGCUACCACAACUUCCGAGUUGGACUUGACCUAUGCCAACCGCUACUCCAAGGACUUCUGGAUCCCUGAGGCGUACGAGUCUUUGAUCAGAGACUGCUUGUUGGGCAACCACGCCAAUUUUGUCAGAGAUGACGAGUUGGAGAUCUCCUGGAAGUUGUUCACGCCGUUGUUGGAAAAGAUCGAGGCGGCCGACGGUCCAACGCCGUUCUUGUAUCCAUACGGCUCCAGAGGGCCUCUGGAAGGCCCAGAGUUUAUGAAGAAGCACGGUUAUGUCAAGUCUGAGAGCAAUUACCAGUGGCCGUUGACCCGUCCUAGCGAAGAAAAGUCAAAGAUCUAA